AUGAUAAGUCAGCAAGUUUACUUCUCUGAACGUGAACAUUGGGUCAGUUGUAGAUCGCCCUUCCCGGAAAUGGAACUGGUACUCUCUGUACAGAGUCCCGUCCUGUCCAGAGUCCCGCUCUGUCCAAGGUCCCGUCCUGUCCAGAAUCCCGUCCUGUCCAGAGUCCCGUCCUGUCCAGAGUCCCGUCCUGUCCAGAGUCCCGUCCUGUCCAGAGUCCCGUCCUGUCCAGAGUCCCGUCCUGUCCAGAGUCCCGUCCUGUCCAGAGUCCCGUCCUGUCCAGAGUCCCGUCCUGUCCAGAGUCCCGUCCUGUCCAGAGUCCCGUCCUGUCCAGAGUCCCGUCCUGUCCAGAGUCCCGUCCUGUCCAGAGUCCCGUCCUGUCCAGAGUCCCGUCCUGUCCAGAGUCCCGUCCUGUCCAGAGUCCCGUCCUGUCCAGAGUCCCGUCCUGUCCAGAGUCCCGUCCUGUCCAGAGUCCCGUCCUGUCCAGAGUCCCGUCCUGUCCAGAGUCCCGUCCUGUCCAGAGUCCCGUCCUGUCCAGAGUCCCGUCCUGUCCAGAGUCCCGUCCUGUCCAGAGUCCCGUCCUGUCCAGAGUCCCGUCCUGUCCAGAGUCCCGUCCUGUCCAGAGUCCCGUCCUGUCCAGAGUCCCGUCCUGUCCAGAGUCCCGUCCUGUCCAGAGUCCCGUCCUGUCCAGAGUCCCGUCCUGUCCAGAGUCCCGUCCUGUCCAGAGUCCCGUCCUGUCCAGAGUCCCGUCCUGUCCAGAGUCCCGUCCUGUCCAGAGUCCCGUCCUGUCCAGAGUCCCGUCCUGUCCAGAGUCCCGUCCUGUCCAGAGUCCCGUCCUGUCCAGAGUCCCGUCCUGUCCAGAGUCCCGUCCUGUCCAGAGUCCCGUCCUGUCCAGAGUCCCGUCCUGUCCAGAGUCCCGUCCUGUCCAGAGUCCCGUCCUGUCCAGAGUCCCGUCCUGUCCAGAGUCCCGUCCUGUCCAGAGUCCCGUCCUGUCCAGAGUCCCGUCCUGUCCAGAGUCCCGUCCUGUCCAGAGUCCCGUCCUGUCCAGAGUCCCGUCCUGUCCAGAGUCCAGUCCUGUCCAGAGUCCCGUCCUGUCCAGAGUCCAGUCCUGUCCAGAGUCCAGUCCCGUCCUGUCCAGAGUCCCGUCCUGUCCAGAGUCCCGUUCUGUCCAGAGUCCCGUCCUGUCCAGAGUCCCGUCCUGUUCAGAGUCCCGUCCUGUCCAGAAUCCCGUCCUGA